AUGUCUCCUACACGUGUGAUUUUUUUAGGUCCUAAAGGUACCUAUUCUCAUCAAGCUGCUUUACAACAAUUCAGUGAUGAGGGUUCUACAGUUGAAUAUAUUCCAACACAAUCUAUCCCGCAAUGCUUCAAUGAUCUAGAAAAUAAUAAAGACAUCUCUUACUCUGUGGUUCCUUUAGAAAAUUCAACAAAUGGACAAGUCGUGUAUUCUUUCGAUUUAUUAAGAGAUAAAAUGCUACAAAAGGAUACUUCAAGGAUAGGUAAAAGAGUAGUUCCUGAUUUAGAAGUUGUUGGAGAACAGUACGUGUCAAUCUCACACUGUUUAUUGUCUUCGUCUACUUCAAUCUCAUCUAUAAACGAUUUAUCGACUUAUAAAAAUAUCAAAAUUUAUUCUCAUCCACAAGUCUGGGGCCAAGUAUCAAAUUAUUUAAAUAAAUUGAAAUCAAUAUGUGGUACUAUUCAAUUGCUUGAUGCUGAUUCAACUUCCAACGCUGUGAUUUUAGCAAAGGCAGAACAAGAUAAUUUGGAUCCGACCAACAAAGAUACAAUAUAUUUAUCUAUUGCAGGGGAAACAGCUGCUUUUUUGGAUCAUGUUAAUAUUAUUGAACGUUCCAUCAAUGAUAUUGUUGGAAAUACCACCCGAUUUCUUGUUUUAAAGAGAACAAAUCACAAGAUUGAACCUAAAGAAACUGGCAAUUCAAAUGGAUCAGUCAACGUCAGCUUAUUAACCUUCACCAUAGAACAAGAUGAGCCUGGGUCUUUGGUGGACGUGCUGAACAUUUUAAAAGAACAUUCUGUAAAUAUGUCAUCUAUUCAUUCCAGACCAUAUAAUAGUACUACAUCACCAAGAAAAUGGCAGUAUGUGUUUUUUAUAGAAUAUACAUUCAACCAUGAUAAGACAGAUAUUGACUUGUUUUAUAAACAAUUUGAUGAGAAAUGUCUUCAAUGGUGUUUAUGGGGUAUUUUCCCAAGAAAUGAAAGAUAUUACCAAUAG